UCGUGCCAGACCUAAUUAACGUGGUUUGUGGAGAUGGCCGUCGAGCCCGUGGUUUUGAGCUUACGACGUCCAACUUCUGACAAGUCUUGGGGAUUUGCACUAGAAGGUGGUGCGGAUCAAGGUCUUCCAGUUUUUGUCCACAAGGUCACGCGAAAUGGAAUCGCUCACAAGUCUGGACUGGAGCCAGGAGAUGUUAUCAUAAGAAUAUGUGCUACGCCAGUCACGGGUAUGACACAUGCGCAGGUGAAGGCGGAAAUUCUCAGGGCGGGAAAUGACCUGGAUUUUACGGUAAAAAAGCGCGAUUUCAACGUGGUUCAGUACAACAUAACAAUGCAGCAAUUUGCAGCUGCCAAUAAGCCCAGUCAGGCAGGACCAGAAUCACAAGAACCACGAGUGGAAAUUGUGGAGGAACAUCUCUGGCGCCACGGUGGUCCAACAUUCAAGAAUGUUCAACCGAAAUCCUACAAAAUACUGGAGCAGCAGCUGCCACAGUCCAGUGUAGGAGGUCCUCCCCCACCCUCUGUAUUCGAGCGCAGCAUAGAUGAACGGUCUCCGUAUCUGCAAGCAACGGAACCCACCAUCCAAAAAGCCUAUGGUCAGUCUUGACCUUCUGGAAGAAAAUACAGCAAUGAAAGUACAGGCUUAUCCCAAUCAUUUCCUUAUCACCCUCCCCCUCCCCCGAAAAACAUGUUUACACCCUUCAUGUCCGCUUGAGCUCCCUGCUAGCUGUAUUCCGAUUACAAAGUCCCGCCAACUAUAAGCGGAUAUUAUCAAUUAUGUACAUCAUUAUGCCUAUUUGUUCAAGUCAGCUUCACCCCUUCCAUGUUUAACAAAAGUGUGAUUGCUUUCUGCGUGACUACUUCCAUUGUACCACACCAAAAUAACACUCCUGGUAAUUUUGAUGAUAAUCCCCAUUUUCCGUGACAGCUGUUUUUCUCUUCAGUAGGAAUAACGUCCGAUUUCCUGCUUACCCCAUGCGGAGAGCAAAAAGUGAUGGAAAACUAUAGUGAUGAC